UAAAUUCAGUAGAUAUCCUUUGAGGCAGCAUAGCUAUUUCUCAAGUUUAUAGAUAUUUUAAGCACUAAUUACUCAAAAUUUUACUGCGGUUAUCAUCCCUUUAAGCUGUGAAGGUGAACUUAGAGCUCUUGAUUGUAUUGACGUCUAAUUUGAUGUAAGUAAUUUGCUUAUAAGUCAUUGCAAAUCCCCAAAAUAGCACUCGAUCAUGCCACACUUGAUUUUAACAGACACGAAGGAGUUACCUCUAUACACCCCAAUAAGACUACUGAUAAUCUGUGGGAGGACGAUUGUGUUCCUCAGAUGGGUCUCGACACUCUUGGGCUUUUAGCCUUCAGGACAACCAAUAAUGAAUUUCUGAAUCUUGAUGAAGAAGUUAUCGUACUUAUUCUGUAUGCUUCUGGCAUACGGCUUUUUUUCUAGACCCGAACAGCUUAACCGCAUUAGCCAAUUUUACUCGGAUGAAAUUGUUGAUCCCAAUUCCUAUGUGCAUCUGUUUCUUGAAGGACUUUAUGACCCUUGGAGUGGUAGCUUCGACUUUUGCUGUCUUUAAGUAAGCAUGAUUGUA